AAAUACCUUGAUCACUGUUGAUCACAGUUAAGACGCUUUUGCCAUUUCUUAAAAUUUUUUGUUAUUAAUUUUUCACCUCAAUACUAAUAUCGUGUAUAUUGAUCUCUUACCUCAUCAUCAUCCCUCCAGUUAUUAUUGUUUUAUAUUUAGCACCCCUUAAAAAUCGCUUAUCGCGUUAACAUUGUGACAUUAUUUUUCUCAACAAAAAAUACCUGAAAAUUUUGCAUAACAAUUGAAAUAAAUAAAAAUAAAAAAAUGUAUGCACAUUCCUGUUCAAGAAGCCAUCCAUCAGGCAGUUAUAAAUAAUAUAAUAUUAAUUCCCUAUGAUAAUUAUAAAUAAUUAAAAUGUUUCGGCUUUAAAUAAUCAUUUUUAAAAAAAUAAUAAUAAUGAGGUCGCCAUGAAUGCAAAAGAAGAGAUCAGUUGAGUGUGGCCCAUUUAUUACUAGUCGUUUAUUCGACAAAGAUAAACAUAGUGAUACAACAAUUUACUCCAACAAGUUUAAUACAAGUACGUUUUUUUUGUUUUUAUUUUUUGUUUUACUUAAUUUUUUUUUUAUAAGACUACUACUACUUUUCCUUUCACACAAAAAAUUAUUUAACUUUCAUUGGAAUAUAAUGAAAAAUAAUAAUAAUAAUAAUAAAAGACAACUGUGAUUGUGACUUGACUGACAAUUUUAUUAAGUUUAUUUAAUAUCUGGUGAUGCCACGAGAAAGAAGCAAGAUGGACGAGUACGAUAAAAAAUUUGCUGAUAUGCAAAAAUACAUUCCAUUUCUUGAGGUUAUGAUCAAUAGACUACGUGGUGUUAAGGAUAAUUCACGUGAAGUACAAUUACGUAAAAUGAAGCAACUACAUGGAAUUUUAACUAGCUCCGGAAGAAAGUUGAAGAUUGAAACUCUGGAAAAAUGUGAAGAUGUACUUCAGAAUCUUCAAAGCAAAGUAGAAAAGGGAACUAGUGGUCUGAAUUUAUCAAGCUCUAAAAAAAUUGAUAACAAAGAUACAACUGAUAAAGAAGUAAAAAAUAAAACUGCGGAAAACGACAGUGUUAAAAAUCAAAGAAAUAAUGAUAAUUCAACUAGAGUAAGACGACGAAAAAUGUACGAGGGUCCAGCCAGUCCUAGUCCACCAGCAAGCCCUGAAGAGUAUCAUCAAUCAAAAAGUAAAACUCCAAUAGUUAUUCCAACUGAAAGUAAGCAUGAUUAUUCACAAAACAAUGCGAAAAAUUAUUCAUCCGACAAAGAUAAACCAGCAAGUCCAGAUGAAAGUGAAUCAGUGCCUACAAAAGAUCCAAUUAUCAUUCCAACAGAACGUAGUGACAAUAGAUCAUGUAAUAAUUUAGAUAAAGAAAAUCCAACAAAUACUUAUUACAAUGAUUGGAAUUCAUCAUCAAGUAGUUUAUCGUCAAGACCACGUGAUGAUUCACGAUCUCAAAGUAGACAUUUAUCAACAGCACCAGUGGCGUCAAAUCUUCGUCGAUUACCAUCGGAAAUUCAUAGAUCAAAUUCACUUGAUAAUGAUACUAAAAAUGAUAAUAAUAAAAAUCAAAAAAAUUCAUCUCCUGAAUCUCGUAUGCAACGUAGUAGAGACAAUUUUUUAUCACCAACAAGAAAUAAUUCAAAACCUCCAACUCCAUUAUUAGUAUCACCACCACGAGUACCAGUUGAACCACCAUUAUCAAUUGAAGAUUUGACAGAACUUUUAAAUGAUGGAUCAACUACUGAAAUGGAGGAUCCAUCAAUGUUAUCAAGUGACAGUCGUUGUCGUUUAUCUAGAAAUACUAAAAAUCCAAUUGAUUCUCAAAGACAAGAUAAAUAUAAUGAACAAAAAUCAUCAUCAUCAUCAUCGACAAAAUUUGUUUUAACACAACAUGAUAUUGAAAGGGAAAGUGAACGUCGAUGGGAAGAAGUUGAUAAACAUAUUGUUAAAUUUCGUAAAGGACCUCCAUCUGGAAGAUCCGAUUCUAAGCCAUUGUUACCGUCUCCAGUUGGUGCUGAUCGUGUUUUAUCACCUGGUUAUGGAAAUUUUGAACGUCAUAAUAAUCCAGAACCCUCGUUAGAUAUUAAUGUUAUAAAUAGUGCCUUUUCAAAGUUAUCAGAUGGUGAUAUUGCUAAUUUAGUUCAAACAAAUUUACAAAUUCAAACAGAAGGUUUUCCGUCAGUUGUUGAUGAUUCAGAUAAUCGUCAUUGUCAUUCAUCUGGUCCAACGGAUAUGUAUUCUCCUCGAGCAGAACAAGAUUUUCAUCGAAAUCAUAAUCGACAACAGAUGGCAGCACCCCCACCCCUACCACCGCCACCUAUACAUCAUCAAGCUGAUCGUGAUUAUUCACUGUGGAAUACAAAUCCAUCAUCACAAAAUAUUAUACCAAGCUUGUAUGAUCAAAAUUUACCAAUGCAACAACGUCCUCCAUUUGCUUCUGAUAGAGGUUGGAAUGUUCCUCAUAGUUCACCACCAAUUGCACCUCAAAAUAUUCCCAUUAAUUCUGGUAUUCCCUCUCACUACAUGACAAAUCAAUUUAAUCAUAUACCCAAUAGAAAUCAAAUGAAUCCUCAAGACAUGAAUAUGCCACAUGUUCAACCACAAUAUCCUGAAGAACAUUCAAUUCCUUCGCUUAUGUCAAAUAUACCUUCUUAUAAUAUACCUCCUUAUCGUAGUCAUUGGGAUAAUCCGAUAAAUCGACCAAUUGAUACUAUUUAUAAUAAUGGACCGAGACAAAGAGCUCCAGUAGAGCCACCACGUGGUCCACCUUCUCUAUGGGGGCGGCAACCAAUUGAUGAUCGUUUUUCGGCUGAACAUUCUGGUUUUAAUAGAAGACAUGACAUGCAAAAUAGAGGUAAAUCACAAUCAUCUGAUCCUCGUUUUGGUGGAGAGACAAGAACGAUGUCUGAGAAUAAUAGAGAUCCUAGAUUUCGUCAUGAUCGAUCUCCAUCUAAGCCAAGUCCAAAUAUUCCAAUUAUAACCUCGUCUCGUAAAGAUUUGAGAACAAUGUCGACGGAUAAUUCAACACAAAAAUCAAAAGAAAUAUCAAGUGCUGGAAUUAAUAGAGAUCCUAGACGUCGAAGUACUGAUUCAAAAGAAUCAAUUAGACCAACUAAUGUUGGACAUAAUUUAAAAACAUCAAUACAAUCAAGUAGUCUUGAAUUACAAAAAAAUUCAGAUGAAAAUAAAAGUAAUAAUGACAAAGAGACAAUGCUAUCACCAUUAGAAAGUCUUUAUGGUGCUAUUGAUACGUCAUCAAAAACAGGUAAAGGUUAUGGUCUUCAAACAUUUAAAAUUCCAAAGCUUAAAAAUAAAAGACCAGAAAUGACACCAAGACCACCAACACCACCAAAACCAAGUGCACCACGAUCGCCAGUGCCAUCACCACCACCACUAGUCAUAUCAGAUAGUGAAAAAAAUACUGAACAAUUAAGUGUUUCUAAUAUUAAUACAGAGUUGGAUAAUAAAAAAAGUGACAGUGAUAAAGAAAUAAAAAAUGACGAGAAAAAAAUGGAAGUAUCAAGUACAACUGAUAUAACACAAUCUUGUAUAGAAAAAGAUAAUCAAUUGACGGAGCUUGAUUCAACAACAAAAUUAACAUCAGUAGAAUUAACAGAUGAUAAAGAUAAAAUAAGUAAAGAUAAUUCAGAAGCAGUUGUUGAUACUUCAAGUAAUAAUUCUUCAUCAACUGAUGAAAAAAAUAAAGAUAUUAAAGUUAAAGAAUCAGAGAAAGCUAAAACAAAAGGUGCUGAUCAAGAAUGGAUUGAGACAUUAAUUAGAAUGUCACUUGAAGAUGGUGAAGGAAAAAAUAAUGAAAAUAAAAAAGAAUUACUUGAAAAAUUAAGAACAUUAAAUUCAGAAAAAUUUAAAAAAAUACAAAAACUUCUUCUAUUGGAUGAUAAUGAAAAUAAUGGUUCUGAUGAUGAUGAUGAUGAUGAGCCUAAAAAACCAUUAAUUAAAAAAAAGAAAAGAAUUAUUGAGUCAGAUAGUUCUGAUGAUGAGUGUCUUGCUGAUAGACUUGAUGAUGUUGAAACAAAUGUUAAAACAAAAGAUUCAGAUAAAUUGAAUGAAACGAAUCGUCAAGUUACCAAAGCCAAAGGUAAAAUAAGAAAAAAACGUAAAAGAAAAGGUAAGAAAAAGUCUAUUGAAAAAAUUGAAAUUGAAGAAGAAAAAAGUGAAAUUGAAGCUGAAGAAAAAGAUGAUAAUGAGAAAAUUAAAAUUGAAGAAAUAGAAGAACAAAAAAUUGAACAAGUUACAAAAGUAAAUGAACAAGAAGAAAUUAAAGAGUCAGUGAAAGAUGAUCCAGUUGAACCUGUAAUUUCUGUACUUCCUGUACGAAAACCAAGAAAACCAGCAAAAAAACGUAGAAAUUCACUUGAAAUGUUACAAGAAGACAUUCGUGAAAUGUUUAUUUGUGAAGGUGUUGUAAGUGCAACAGGUUCUCGAUCGUGUACAAAAUUAAAUGACAAUUCAAAUUCAAGAUUAAAUGAUAAUGUUGAUUCUCCUGAUGAUCCUAAAAAUGAUAAUAUAUCAGAUAAUGAUAAUGAUGAUAAUGAAGCAUUACCAAGAACAAGAAGAUCUAAAAGUAAAAUAAACAAUAAUAUAAAUAAAUCUAAAACAAAAGUCAAUAAUAAAUUAAAUAAUAAUAAAAAAAACAAUAAAAAAAGUGUUGAAAUUUCAAAAAAAUAUGUAACUUCAUCAUCAGAAAGUGAUAAUGAAAAACCAAAAGAAUCUGAAGAACAAGUUGAAUCUAAAAAAGGUAUUUUAAAGAUAGACAGUGAUGCAGAUAAACCAGAUGAAGAAGAUAACAAUAAAUUAACAUUAAGACGUAGUGGUAGAUUCAAAGAAACUAAAAAAAUAAUUAAUGAAAAUAAAAUUGAUCAAGAUACUAUGUUUGAUAGUUUUUCAGAUGACAGUAGUUUUUGUCUUGAUAUAUCAGGUAUGGCUGGGACUGUUGAUAUAUCAUUACAUUCUGAUGAUAAAAUUGUUAAAAAAUCAACAGAUAAAAAAUCAACAAAAAUAAAUAAGAAAAAAGUACAAAAUAUUAUUUCAAAUGAUAAUGUUGUCAUUGAAAAUUCAUCAAAGCUAGAUGAUGAAAUAAGUGUUACUUCUGAUAUUUCAAUAGCUGAUAGUAAUGCAUCAAGUAUCAAAUGUAAUAAUAAAAAAAAUAUAAGCUCAACAAUGUCAAUUGAUAAAAAUGAAGAAAUUAUUGAAAAUGUUCUUGAUGAUUUAACUGUUAAAAAAAUGUAUGAUAGUGAUGGUGAAGGUGACAUUGAUAUUGACGGUGAUGAUGAUUUUACAGCUCCAAAAAAUAUUAAAAAACCACUUGCUAAAAAAAAGAGAAAAAGAAAUUCAUGGAAAAUGGGUAUUGUUACUAAAAAGAAAAAGAAAAUAACAACUGUUUUACCAUCAACGACAGCAACAACAACAACAACAACAACAGAUUUACCUUUAGAAAAUGAAAAUAAUAAAUCACAAGAACAAGAUCUAAAUACAUCUGAUAAAUCAAUUGAUGAAGCUAUUGAAAAUGUCGUUAAUAAUUGUGAUGAUAAAGCUCUUAAUAAUUUAACAGACAUUAAAGAUAAAUUAGAUGUAACAGAUAAAAAAAUUGAUAAUAUUAAAAUUGAUUUUGAUUUAAAUACACUUAGAGAUCAUGCAUAUAUUAAUCAAGAAAAAUUUACAUGUUUAUUGUGUAAUUUUAAUGGUAAAAAUAUCGUUCAACAUUAUAAAAAUGUUCAUACAAAUAAUGAAGUUAUGAUAUCACGUUUAAGUAUACUUGAUUCAAAACGUGCUGUUAAUGAAUUUAUUGAUGAUACAUUUAUUAAAUUAAGUGAAAAAUUAAAUAAAGAAUCAAUUCGUAAAUUUACAUGUCGUUUUUGUGCUUGGACAAUUGAAGAUAAUAAAGAUAUUGCUAUUGAAUUAUUUUAUGAUCAUUGUUCAUCACAUACUGGUGAAUUUCGUUUUUCAUGUACUGCAUGUUCAUAUCAAACAAGUCAAAGAAAAGCAAUGCGUUCACAUUUUUAUAAAGUAUGUAAAAAAAAAGUUGGUAAUUAUAAUGAAUCACACAGAGAAGAAUUAUUACCAAAUGCUGUUAGCGAUGAUGUACAUGGUUAUUUAUGUUCAAGCUGUAAUUUUUUACAAUUGAAAGAAUCAAAUAUUUCUAAACACAUAGAAAUUUAUCAUCAAAGUUGUAGCAAUGCUGAAAUACAAAAAAUAAGUAUGUCUGGUUAUUUUGGUACAAAUGAACUUGAUCGUGAUGAUAAUUCAGAUCCAGAAAUGCGUACAAUUGAUGAAUCAGAUUUUGGAUCACCUGUUACACCAUGUAAAUUAAAAAAAGAUAAUGAUGAUAAUAAUACUAAAAUUUCUGAUGAUAAUGUAACACCUGUAAAAACACCUGAUGUUAAAAUACGUGAAAAAUUUCCAGUUAAAUUAUUAUUAAAUUCAACUGAUGAUUGUGAUAAUUCAACAGCUAAAAAAAUUAAUGCAUUUGUUUGUCCACCAGAAUUAGAAAAUAAAGAAGAUGAAAUAACAAUUGAAAGAAAAAAGAAAAUGCAAGAAAUUCUUAAUGGUUCUAAAAUUCAAAAAGAAAAAACAACUGAAAAUGGUUUAUCAAUAAUUGAUACAUUAAAAAAUAAAAUGACAACACAUCAACCUGAAUCACCAUUACCAUCAGCUUCAAUUAUUGGCGAAGAUGACGAUCAUAAUGAUGAUAAUGAUGAUCAUAAUGAAAAUCAUAAUGAAGAUGAACAAAUUGAUGAAUCAUUUACUCUAAGAUAUUCACACAGUGAAGCUGAACAAACAAUUAAUGAUUCAGAAAAUGAUAAACCUGUUAAAUCAACAGCUGAAUCAUUGGCUUGUGAUGUUCAUUCAGAUAUACAACAAUCAAAAAUCCAAACAAUUAAAAAAGAAAAUAUUGAUUCAGAUGAUGUGGUACAACAACAUGAUUCAGAUAAAAAAAUAUUAAAAGAUCCAUUAACAUUAUUUGAUGAUAAAACAAAUAAAAAUAUUAAUAAUUCAAAUGAUAAUGAAACGAGUGAUAAUAAUAAUGAUGAUAAUGAUGAUGAGGAUGAUAUGCCCGAGCUACGAACAUAUGAAUCUGAUACAAGUGAUGAUGUUUCUGAUUCCGAAUUGCCAACAGAUGUAAAUUCACUUUUAAAAAAUAAUGUCAAUAAUUUAUCAUCAAAUCCAAUGAUGAAUUCAACAAUUCAACGUUUAGCUGCUCAACUUGAAGCUGCUAAAAAUACAUCAAUGACUGAUGACAUUAAUAAUUUAAAUGAAAAUAAAAAAUCAACAAUUAACGAGCUAAUUGAACAAAAUAAUUCAAAUGAUAAUACACAAACAAGUACAGCUAGUACAAGUAGUAGUAGUAAUAAUAAUUCUGAUGAUAAUAAUACAAAAGAUGAAAAAACAAAUAUACCAAAAAAUAAUUUUCUUCGUUUACGACGACUUAGUGGUGAUAAAUUAUCUUGUGGUAAUGAAAAUGAAACAACAUUAAAUGAACAAAAAACUAAUGAUAAUAAUGUUGAUGAAGAAAAAAACAAUAUUAAUAAUAAUAAUAGUAAUAAUAAUGAUAAUAAUGAUGAUGAUAAUUCUUGUUCAUUUUUAAGAAUUGAAAAUGUCAUGAGUCUUGCACCAAAUACAACAAAUAAUGAAGAAAGUCCAUUGGUUGAUGAUAUACGUAAAGCAGUUGGUACAUCACCAAUGAAAAUAAUGAAUACCAGUGGUAUAUCAAUAUUAAAAAAACCAAGUCCAAAUAUUCUAAAACGUUCAAGAACUGAAAAAUUAGAUAAUAUUAUAACAAGUUUAACUCAAAUACCAACUGGUAAAAUUGUUUUACAAUCAAUUAAUAAAACAACUGGUAAUCCACCACCAAAACCAAUUAGACUACUGUCAUCAAAAAGAAUUCAAAAGCUAUUAUCAACACCAUCAUCAUCAUCAACAGGAACAACAACAACAACAUUAUCUAAAACAAAUGUACCACAAGCAAUUCCAAUUAUAUCAUGUCAAAUUUCACCAAUAACUGCAGUAGAAACAACAACAGAAACAACAACAACAACAACAUCAGCAUCAUCAUCAUCACCAUUAUCACACCAACAAAUAUUAUCAAUGUUACCAGGUAAUCAAUUAUUAGUACCAGCAACAUCACAAAAUUUAACAACAAAAUCAAUAAAAAAUAAAAUACCAAUAUUUUCAAAUUCACAUCAUAAUAAUAAUAUAAAUAAAGGUGUUAAAAUAUUAAAAGUAAUUGGACCAUUUCAAAAAAUGCCAGAUAAUAAUUUAUUAAAUAAUUGUUUAGCACCAAAAGAAAAAACAAGUGAUGCAUAUACAGCAAUGUUACAAUUACCAAAGCUACGUCAAUUAUAUAAAUGUAUGUCAAUAGCUUGUUCAUUUACAACUGAUGAUAUGCAUGAAUUUUCAAAUCAUUUUCAAACUCAUGCUAAUACAUAUGUUAAUUUAAAUGGACAAUUACCACCAUUUGAUUAUCAAAAAUGUGCUUAUUGUAGUGAAUCAAUGUUUCAUUUGGAUGAUAUGCAGAGUCAUUUAAUUAACAGACAUGCAUGUUGUGCAUAUCAAUGUUCAUAUUGUUUUUAUCGUGCAGCAUCACAUUCAUAUGUUGAAUAUCAUCAAUUAUCAGUACAUACUGAUAAACCAAUAUCAGUUUUAAAAGGUGAAAAAACAAUGGAAAUUGAUGAUACAUAUAAUAAAAAUGAUUUUAUAAAACCAUAUUCAUGUUCACAUAAUUGUGAUAAAUCAUUUUAUGUUACUGAAGCAUUUGUUGUACAUUUAAAAAAAAAUCAUGGUUCAACAACAAUAUUUAAUUGUCAUAUAUGUCCAAGUCCAUCAUUGAGUAUACAACAAUUAAUAAAUCAUUAUAAAAUACAUCAAUAUCAUAGAUUUCAUUGUUUAUAUUGUGAACAUGGAGCUGAUAAAAAAGAAGAUUUACAUAAACAUUUAUCACUGCUACAUUAUUAUCGUCCAGCUAAAAUUAUUGAACGUAAUAUACCAAAACCAUGUACACGUUUUAUUGACAUUGUACAACAAUUAAUUGUACAUGAUUUAGAUGAUAAUUAUCAAAAAUUAGAACAAAAAAAUGAUACUAUAACAUAUCAACGUUCAAAAAGAUCAUUAUUACAAGUUAAUUCACCUACUUUAAAACGUACACAACCAGCAUUUAUAUUACCAUCACCAAUUCAAGCUACAUCACAAAAAGCUGAAGUUAUUAAUUUAUAUGACAGUGAUGGUAAUAGUGAAACAAUAAUUCCAGCUAAUAUUAUUAAUCAAAAAAAUAAUCAAGAUAUUGAUAAUUUAAAUACAUUUAAUGAUCAUGCUAAAAUAUCACGUAUAUUAUGUAUGACAGAUGAUAAAAUAAAUAAUGUCAUACAACGUAACAGCUGUACUGAUCCAACACAAGCAACUGUUAUUCCAACAAAUCAAUUUAUUAAUAAUAAUAGUAAUACAAGCUCAUUAAUUGUACAACAAUUUAAUAAUAUUGAAGUUACUGAUUUAUCAAGCCUUCCAAUUGAUCAUUUAAAUUGUAGUGAUGAAUUUAUAAAUAUUAAUGUACUUGAUAAUCCAGAGCUGUUGAAUUCCAUUGAUAAAUCAAAUCCACCAGUGACUAUGAAUUAUCAAAAUAACAAUGAUGAUAAUAAUGUUGAUAAUGAUAGUGAUAUUGAAAUUUUAGAAUGUAUUGAACCAGUUGGUAAAAAUACACUAAGACCUUCUGUUAUUAAAACAAAUAUAAAAACAUCAUCACCAAUAAAUACAAUAAUUGAUGAUAUUAAAACAAAUGUAACAAAUAUAACAAAUGAUUAUUCACUUGAUAAUGAUUCUUGUAGUAAUGAUAUAUCUGAUGGUCCUAUUGAUGUUAAAGAUCCAAGUAUUAUUAAUGAUAAUAUUGAUUCAAGCAAUGGAUUACAGCCACCACAACCACCUCGUACAUUGGAUGAUAUAAAACAUACAGGUUUUUCUGGUUGUCAAUUGUAUAAAUGUGGUUUUGAAAAUUGUACAUUUAGUGCAAUGACUGGUGAUUUAUUAAGAGAACAUUUAAAAAAAUGUAAUUUUGUAACUGGACCAAGAAUUCCAGUAUGUUAUCAUUGUAAGAAAAAAUUUUCAAAAUUAAGUGUAUUAAUUGAUCAUUUAAAAAUGCAUGGAUUAAAAAGAUUUGGUUGUUCAUUAUGUACAUCAAGAUAUUCAUCACAUAAACAAGCAAUUGGACAUUUAAAAUUAAAACAUAAAUUUGCACAUGGUAAAAUGAUACCAGCUGAUCCAACAAAUCCAUCAGUUGAUGGUCUUUAUAAUGCAUAUCCUGCCACAUAUAAAGAAGUUGUUAAUUUUAAAAAAAGUAAAAAAGGAAAUAAACAAAAUAAUAAAAUACCAGUUGGUGAAAAAAUUAGUUUUAGUCCAGCUGAAAUUGAUUUAUUACCACGUCAAGCAAUAUAUAAUCGUGAAGUACAAUGUGCUGUAUGUCGUUAUUCAUCAAAAGUACGUACAAAUAUAAUACGACAUUUACAAUUUCAUGCUAAUGAUAGAACUGUACCAGAAAGUGGACCAGUUAAUCCAGUACCUUGUUUAGAUAAAAAAGAAAAAAUGUUUGAUAAAAUGGUUAAUUUAGCAAGUAGUUCACAUCAAAAUGGACGAAUGAGUACUGGUGGACCUAAAAUACAAGCCAAAGAUAAUAAUAUUACAGAGAGUGAUAUUGAAGCUGUGCCAAAAUAUAUUCCUGAUAAAAAUAGAUAUAUUUGUAGUAUUGAACAAUGCAACUUUUUGACACUUGAUAGCUCAAGACUACGUGAUCAUAUGAAAGCAUUGCACUCAAAUGAGGCAUAUUACAAGUGUCCUCAUUGUUUAUCAUCAUUACCAGAUCAAGAACCACUUAAUAUACCAAUUGACAAAUUAGGAAUACAUUUGAAAAUGCAUGAAAGUAAAUUAUACAAAUGUUCACAUUGUAAUUAUCAUCAUUAUCAUAGAUAUGUUGUUGAGCGUCAUUUGGGAGAUAAACAUACAGAUGUUCCUUCAUAUGUUAAAGUUAUUCGUGAACCAAAUGAAAAUAUAGAAAAUAGCCAACAAUCAGUAAGUGGUAGUAGUGGUACUGGUACUGCUGGUACUGGUGGUGGUGAUGAAGCAGAAGAAGGAACUUCUGAUAAUGAUAACUAUUGCUGGAAAUGUAACAUGUGUAUUUACAAAUGUAAUAAUAAAGUUGAUAUGACAACUCAUGCAUUAAAUGAACACAAUGAAAAAGGACAAUUUAAAUGUCAAAAUUGUCAAUUUAAAACAUCUGGUAAAUAUUUAAUUGAACAACAUUUAUUAUCAAAACAACAUGUAAAUGAGCAAGUUGAUUAUACAACAGUUUAUGAAAAAGUUAAAAAAAUUAAAAAUACAUCAUCUGAACAAAAUACAAAUAAUGAAACAUUUGAUACAACACCAUUGUGGCUUCGUGGUAUGCCAAGAGUUCGUCAUAUUCGUGGUAUAUUAUUUGAGGAUGAUAAUGAUACACGUAAAUCACAACAAAAAGGAGUUACAACAAGUGGUACAGCAUCAACAAUUGGUACAAUAACAACGACAACAACAUCGACAACACCAUCAACACCAUCAUCAUCAUCAUCGUUUGUAACAUCAUCACCAAUUAAAUCAGGUAAAAGAAAAAAUGAAAAUGAUAUAACAACAAGACCAGCAAAGCUAAAAAUAAAAACAACAUCAUUUGAAGGAUGGACAUCACCAGAAAAAGGUAAUAAAAAAGAUACAUCAAUGAAAUAUUUAACAAAAACAUGUGGUACUGAAAAUGAUGAUGCUGGUCCAUAUGGACCAUAUGGUCAACCAACUGGUAAUAAAUUUACUUGUACAAUAUGUGAUAAUCCAAUAACAGAAUCAAGUGAAGAAUUUACAAGUCAUCUAUUUCGUGAAUUAAAUUAUUGGCGUUAUAAAUGUAAACAAUGUGAUUAUUUAGCAUCAUCACGUAAACGUCUUGUUGAACAUUGUCAUGAUAAACAUAAAAUAAUGACUGAAACAAUAACACUUGAUCAUAAACCUGAUAUUGAAGAAUGGGUUAAUAAUUGUAUAAAAAAACAACAAGAAAUAAUGCAACGUGAAAAAAUUAAACCAACACCAAUUAUUGCUAAAAAUAAUACAAAAAUCAUUAAUUUAUCUGAACAAAUAUCAAAUAUUGGUGCAUCAACAAUAAAUAAUUAUUAUUCUGAUGGUGAUGAUGAUGAUGAUGAUGAUAAUGCAUUAAUUAUUGAUAGCAAAGAUGAUGAUUUUACAAUUGAACAAAAAAAUAAUAAUAAAUCACAAGAAAAUGAAAGCCUAAAAAAUGAUCCAAUUAUUCAUGAUUCUUGGUUUAAAAAUUAUCAGUUUUUACCACAAAUGAAUAAUGAUAAACUAUCUAAUAAACGUAAAGCUGAUGAAUUAAAUAAAUCUGAUGAUGCUGUAGUUGUUAAUAACAACAAUAAUAAAAAAAAUAAUACCACUAUUAAAAAACCAGCAAAUACUAUUUGUGAAAUAUGUAGCUAUAAAGCAUUAAGUGCAAAUGGUUUAAGAACUCAUAUGCGUGUACAUGCAAAUAGACAUACACUUAAAUGUUCACAGUGUUGUUAUACAGCUUCUUUAGAAACAGAUAUAUGGCAACAUAUUGAAAUAAAUCAUCCAGAAUUAGAAAUAUGGAAAGCUAUUAAAAUAAAUCAACCAAGUACAUCAACAAAUGAACCACAACAUAUUAUUAAAAAACGUCGUUUAAAUGAUUAUAAUGAUGAUGCUGAUAUUGUUGAAGAAAUAAUACCAAAAAAACCAGCACCAACAAGUGCAAGUGGUGAUCGAAAUGUAUUAUAUACAUGUUAUUAUUGUAAUGAUGUAAAUGCAUUGUCAAUAACACUUGUUGAAAGUCAUUGGCUAAAAUAUCAUAAAAAUUAUGACUAUUCAUCAAAAUAUCUAACAGGUGUACCAUUUAAAUACAAAGAAAUGGCAGCAACAGUUAUGACAAAACAAAGUAGUAAUAAUAAUGCAAAACUUAUGCAAUGUGGUUAUUGUAAUAAAAAAGGUUCACUAACAUCUUUACGUCCUCAUUCAUCUAAAAAACAUCCUGGUAAAGUAUUUAAGGCUAUUGAACCAAAUGAUGUGUCACAUGAUAUAUUUGUUUGUGGUUGGUGUGGUGAUAAAGUUAUGGGCAGUCAAAGAACAGAACAUCAUAAUAUAUUUCAUUCACAUUUACAUCAAAAUUUUCGUAAAGAAAUUAAUAAAAAUAUUAAACAACGUGGUUAUGCAUGUCCAGAAUGUACAUUUAUAAGUGCAACACAAACAAGAAUGAAAAAACAUGUUACAAAACAUUGUGAUGUAUUUAAAUGUAAAAAAUGUAAUUGUUGUUUUACAACACAUAAUUUAGCAACACAACAUAGUUUAUCACAACAUCCAGGUAUAUUGGUAUCAAGUAUUAUACAACCAAUUGUACUUGAUGUAAAUUUACUUAUUUCAAGAAUAAAACGUACAGUAUUAAUCAUAAACGAUUAAUAGAUGUACAACAAUUACGACACUUUACAAUAAC